AUGGUGAUUAAAGAUCAAUCAUUGAAGAGCAUGGGAUCAGAUAAUGGGCAGGAAAAUUUGGUGAGACAUGACAAUGAGCAUUCGGUGGUGAGUACUGAAUAUGUUCCAUGGAUUCAUGUCCAAUUCAAGAAUAGAAGAGGUAGAAGAAACAUUGCAGUAAAUAAUUAUGAGCAGGAUAUUGGAAGGAAGACAGAACGGAGAAUUUCUGUUGGUCAGAAGGAUGUUCGGCUUGAAGAAGUCCAGGAGAAAGUUCAGGAUGAAUGUAACGGUAACAAGGCAGAUGAAGUCUCUAGAAAAGUUGCUGUAACUGGUAUGUUUGAACAAUCAAUGAACCAGUUUGCUGUUUUGGUUGAGGAGAAUGAGGAAGGAAUUCUGGUUAAAGCUGUUAGUAAUGACAAAGUGGUUGACAAAGGCUCGGAACUAAUGGAACCAAAGGUAAACUUUGAUAUGAAUUAUGGUAGUGAAGAUGUCAAGGUUAAAUUAGCCAAAGAAUUGAAGUCAUUGGGACCUGUGAAUAGUGAGAAGAAGAAGAGGAAUGGAAGGGGAGCGAGGAAGAAAGCGGAUUCCCUGUAUCUUAAGGAAAUGGUUAGAUAUGAGAAUGAUUUCUUUAUUGGGCUUAUGGAGACAAAGCUGUCUAGCAUUGGUAGAAUGGAGGUGGAUUGCCUUUUGGGAAAUGAGUGGGAUUACUUUCACCAACCUGUUGUUGGGACAUCUGGUGGUAUUCUGGUUUUGUGGAACAUAAAUUUGGUGUCUUUUGAGGUUUGUGAAGCCUCUUCUCAGGUGAUCAUUGGUAAUCUUUCGAUUCCUAGCUUAGGAAUGUGGAAGAUUGCUACGGUUUAUGGAAACCGUUGCAACAAGGAGAGAAGUGAUCUUUGGAAUCAAUUGGAGAGGAGCAUGGAGAAUUCUAAUCCUUCCAUCAUUGGGGGAGACUUUAAUUGUAUUCUAAACAAAGAUGAGAAGAGAGGUGGUAAGAGGUUCCUAUUUUCCAAGGGACCGAGAGAAAUGAAGAGCUUCAUGUUAAAUUCAGAUUUCCAUGACAUUGGAUUUGUUGGGCCAAGUUACACAUGGUGUAACAACAAAGAAGGUAAUUCUCGGAUAUGGGAAAGAAAUAAAUGCAAGGAUUUGAAUGCUUUAAAGGAUAAAUUGAAGAAAGAGAUCCAUGAGUUGCAAAACGAAGAAGCUUUGAGUAGUAAUUGGUCUGCUGAUGACCUGGUUGAACUUAGAAAUAAGCCAGAAGGAAUGGGAAUCGUAUUUUCCAAGUCAAAGAUGAAGAAAAUAAGGUGCAAGUGGAUGAGGAUCAAAUUGAGAAACUUCACCAAAUUCUUUGAGAAGAAGUGGGAAUAUAGGGAAUGUGAAAUCACGGGUUGGCCUUAUAUUAUGGAAAAUCAGAAGUUGAAUGCCGAAGACAUGGAGUUGUUAAAUGCUGAGUUUACUAAAAACGAGCUACAAAUUGCGGUGUUCCAGCAAGGGAACAAUAAGUUGCAUGGUGCGGAUGGCAUUACCUCUUCCUUCUACAAAAGCUAUUGGAAUAUUAUAUGGGAAACUCUUUGGAAUGCAGUUAGGAAUUUUUUUAAUUCCAGACAUUUGAAUAAGGUGUUGAGUCUUGUAAUUAGAUUGAAGAAGGGAAUGGCUAGAAUGAUUUUCGAAGAACAAGCUGCCUUCAUACAUGGCAGAUCUAUUGCUGAAAAUUAUUUGCUUGCUCAGGAGAUCUUCCACAAGUUUAAGAUUUCAAAAAAUAAGAAGGGAAUGAUGGCCGUUAAGCUUGAUAUGGAACAAGCUUACGAUAGCAUGGGGUGGACUACUCUUCGCCAUAUUUUGAGAUGGUAUGGUUUUCCUAUUGCUUUCUCCAAUCUUCUCUUGGAAUGUGUUGUAGAUGUGAGAUUCUCCAUCAUUAUUAACAGAAAGAACUCUGAAUGGAUCAAUUCUCAGAGUGGAUUCCGUCAGGGAUGUCUACUCUCACCUUAUUUGUUCAUAAUGUGUUUCCAAUUGAUUACUAACUCGUUAGAGCAAAGAGGAAAGUGCCUUGGCAUUCAUGUUUCAAGUGGAGGUCCAAAGAUUACGCAUUUAUUAUAUGCAGAUGACGCUCUUAUCUUCUCUCAUGCAUCGGUUGAGCUGGAUAAAAGUAUGAAGACAAUUGUGGAGAAGUUUUGUAAAUAUAAUGGGUAA